GUUUCAGGGUAUAUGAUGUGGCCGCUCCACGUUCUGUGCAUGUGCCUCCUUGCUCUAGUCUCCGUUCGAGCUUCCGAGAGUUCCGACCUAUACAAUACGUACAAUCCACGAUUUCUUGUUGGUAGGCCCGACUCAGAUCAGGCUUUUGAGACAAUACGUCCAAUGUUCAAACGACAAACAGUUGAACGCCGACGAGAUGAUCAAUUUCUACGAAGCCGAUGUUUCUUCAAUCCGAUCACUUGCUAGCACGUCAGUGCUAAAUUCGAAACCCAACCGUAUUUCAUCAUGCGGAUCUCGUUUGUUUGUUAGUAAUGGUCUGUAUCAGUGAAAUGAAG